AUGGCGGCCGUGACUACCACUCCCCCUCCUCCCACCUCGGCCUCCUCCUCCUCCAGCCCCAGUCGCCGCAAACCAGUCGCCCUGCACGAGCUGUCACCAGAACGCUGGGACGGCACGAAACCUCUUCCUGUCGUCCCGUCCACCGAGUCCGCUCGUCUGAGGCAACCCCCUGUUUCCCCCGUCAGGGUCAAUUUCCAACAGGAGAACUGGGCCCAGCCUUCCAACGCAAACAUCGAGACAACUCUUCCGUACGAGGCAACACCUCCAAAGCAGAACACCUACGACCGUGAUCUGCCCAAGACUCCCGAGGCCCCCACGCCACCGCCCCAUACACCCAUAGUUGACCAGGGAAACCAGAAUCUGGGUGACAACGGCCCCGUUCAACCGACGGUACGACAAGUGGGGAGAAAACCGGUACCAAUUCUCGAGUCCCGGCCGGUCGGAUUAGGCCCGGCAGACACAUUGAGCCCAAUGAGCGCGCACUCGGGAUUGGACUUUGGCUUCUCUCAGCCCUCGGUGAGCGGGAGGACUGCUACCACCGAUCCGGACGAUGCAAGUUCGUCUGGUGUGGGCAAAGGACAUGACGAGAAUCGCAACAGCCGCGAGACGGACACCACUGUCAGUACCACGCAGCAGCAGACCUCGAUCGAAUCCUCCGCAACAACGAGCGCGAGCUCCGUGUCAGGCGCUCUGGACGCGGCAGAAUGCCAACCCUCCCAAGACGCCUCGCCCGAGAGCUCCAUUGAGAACGGCAUACCGGGGAACCAGUCCGUACCUCAGCUCCAAUACCAUCAUCAAGCUUUUCUUCCGAGGAGCUCGAGCGAACCACAAGAACAAGACCCUCGAGCGGCUUCUCAGCCGAACCUCUUGGACAGUGACGCAGCCAUCAAUCGCCAUCUGACACCCAACUCCCCGUACAUUCGACGCACAUCUCUCCAGCGACCUGCAUCCUCCUAUUCAAUCUACUCUGACUUCGGUCCCCGUGGCCGUUCACCCGGUGUAUAUGGAGGCUCGCACAACCGCGCCCCGUCGGCGCACUCCAGGAGAUCCCCGGAUACGAGACCGUCGUCAUAUGCGGACAUGCUGAAUGUGCCCUACCCGCAACCCGCCCCAGCACCCAUCUCCUUCGACAACGCCAGACUUCGAAACAAUGUAGGGACGAACGCAUCCCUUCUGAGCGCUCAAAAGACUCUGGAGAUGUAUCGGCAGAAUGUGAAGAAGACGAACGACUUGUCCAUCCAGUAUUCAUUCGCUGUGUUCCUGAUCGCCACGGCACAGGAACAGGGUUUCAACCAUCAAGACUCGGGCAAGAAGAAGAACGCACCCAAGCCCGUACAAGAUCUCGACAGCCCCUACGUGGAGGGCACCGCAUCCUCACCCAGCGAACUGGUCCGCGAGGCACGAAGCAUCCUGCAGAAACUCUCGAACGCGGGCUAUCCGUUUGCCCAGUACUAUCUUGCCGAUGGGUACGCCUCGGGACUCUUCAGUAAGGGCAAGGAGGACUACAACUCGGCGUUCCCGCUGUUCGUGUUGGCGGCGAAGCACGGACAUGCAGAGUCGGCGUACCGAACAGCUCUGUGUUACGAGUUCGGGUGGGGUUGUCGAAAGGACCCCGCAAAGGCAGUUCAGUUUCUCAGAACCGCAGCAUCAAAACGACACCCAGGAGCCAUGACGAGAUUAGGAAAGGCCUGCUUGUCAGGCGAUCUGGGCGAGAAGCGGUACCGCGAGGGUAUCAAGUGGAUGAAGCUGGCCGCAGAAUCUGCCGACUCGGUCUACAACGCGGCGCCUUACCAGCUCGGCUGUCUCUACGAGACCGGAUAUGGCGACGACAUCUUCCAGGAUGAGAGCUACGCUGCUGAGCUGUUCACUCAGGCGGCGGACCUGGGCCAUCCCGAGGCUAAUUACAGGAUGGGAGAUGCCUACGAGCACGGCAAGCUCAACUGCCCGCGGGACCCUGCCCUCAGCGUCCACUUCUACACCGGCGCUGCGGAACGCGGGCACGCUGCUGCCAUGAUGGGUCUCUGUGCAUGGUACAUGGUCGGGGCUGAGCCCCUGCUGGAGAAGGAUGAAGAAGAGGCGUACGAAUGGGCGCGGCGCUCGGCUGAGCUUGGCUACGUCAAAGCACAGUAUGCAGUCGGCUACUUCACCGAGAUGGGCAUCGGAUGCAGGAGGGACAUCCUCGAGGCCAAUGUGUGGUAUGUCAAGGCGGCCGAUGCAGGCGACGAUCGGGCCAAGCAGAGGUUAGCCGCUAUCCGGGCGGCUAUCAGCGGCGGCACGCCCAUGGACGUCGCGCCGCCCAGGAACGGAAAGAUGAAGAAGAACGGAGAGAAGGACGACAGCUGCGUUGUUAUGUGA